AUGACCGACAGCGAAGAAGCUGCAGUCCCGCUCAGAAACGACGAAAACUAUCGACAUCUCCUGAACGAAGACACCCUCACAGAAGUCGCUCUCCACAUCGCUCAGUUUCGCGUUCUCGGUCAAGACGACCGGAAACGGCGGAAACACAAGAGCAAAAAGCGUAGUGCUAGUGAAGAGAGAGAGCGACGAGAAAAGAAGGAGCGAAAGAGGGCCAAGAGGGAAAAGAAGAGACUAAAGGGCAAUUCACAGUGGGGAAAGUACGGGGUAAUAUCAGAGGCAGAUAUUUUCACCAAAUCCCAGGAAUUCCAUACCUGGCUGGUCGAAGAACGGAAAAUCAAUCCGGAGACCAUUUCUAAGGAUCAGAAUAGGAAAGAGUUUGCGCGGUUUAUGGAGGACUAUAACACUGCUACUCUCCCCGACGAGAAAUACUACAACAUGGAGUCGUACAAUCGUCGUAUGACUGCGCUUCGUGGAGGGGAGUUGGCGCCGCCGGCAGAAGAUUCCUAUGACCCACAGGCCGACAUGAAGGCAAUCAGCUCAGCACACAAGAGGCGCAAAUUUGCAGAGGAGGAUAGUCUUCUGAACAGAGAAAAGUUGAUGGAGCUGCGAAAAGUGCAGAAUGAGCGCGUUCAGGCUGGGAAGAUGAGGCAAUUGGGCAUGGAAGUCUCUCAAAGUAUGGGUGUCAGGAUGGAUGGGACAGCGUUUGAAGAUUGA